AUGUCACUGAUAAAAAAGAGGAGAAGCCGCAAUACCAUUUCCGGGGUUUUUGAUGCUGGGAAUCACUGGGUGGUUGAGGAAAAUGCAGUACAGUCGGUUUUUCUGAGUUAUUUUCAAGAUUUGUUUCAGUCUUCCUCUCCUUCAACUAUUGAUCAAUUUUUGCGGUAUGUGCCGAUCCGGAUCUCUGAUGAGAUGAAUGCUAAUUUGAUGUUGGCUCCCAUAGAGUUGGAGGUGAAGCUAUUUUGCAGGCCCAGGAAGCUCGAUUGUUAUCUGGACUUUAUAUUUGUCGGGGAGCACCUUCUGUGUCUCAUCUUUUUUUUUGCUGAUGAUUCUAUUGUAUUUUGUGCUACUGAUUCAACGGAAGUUGGUGUGUUGAAACGCAUUUUGAAUGAUUAUGAAUGGGCCUCUAGGCAACAGGUGAAUUUUAGUAAAUCCUCCAUUUUUUUCUCACGUAAUGUUCCCAUGCCAUUGAGGCGAUCUUUUAGUCAUGCUUUAGGCUUGCCGUUGUCGGGGUUUCAUAGUCGAUAUCUUGGGGUGCCGGCCAUUUUGGGCCGCUCCAAGAGGGAUGUGUUUCAAUUCCUUCUGACUAACAUUCAGGACCGGUUAUCUUUUUGGAAAGCGAAAGCUAUGUCUACGGGUGGGGAAGCGGUGUUAAUUAAGGCAGUGUUGAGUGCUUUGCCUACAUAUGUUAUGUCUUCCUUUAAGCUUCCCAUUACGAUGUGUCAAGAUUUAAUGAAGUGUAUUCGCUCUUUUUGGUGGUGUUUUAAAAAUAAAUCUUGGGCAAUUCACUGGCUUCAUUGGAAAUUCUUGUGCCGGAGUAAAUCUUCAGGUGGUCUGGGGUUUCGCAAUUUGGAGACUUUCAAUUUGGCUCUUCUCUCUAAGCACGCUUGGCAUUUUCAGGUCCAUAAACAGGGAUUGUUGUAUCAGUUUUUCAAAGCAAAAUAUUUUCCUUCUUCGUCGUUCUUGGAGGCUCCUUUAGGUUAUAAUCCUUCUUGGGGAUGGCGUAGUAUUUGGUCUACUCAGGCCUUGUUAUGUCAGGGGGUCCGCUCGUUGAUUAGGAAUGGCCUUUCCACGGAUGUUUGGAAUGAUCAUUGGGUUCUUACGCUUCCUCACAAACUGCCACCACCCCGGGUUCCUGCUCCAUUUUCUUCUAUGGCAGAGUUGAUUGAUCCUGUUACGUCUUCAUGGAAGUUGGAUGUUUUGUCUCAAGUUUUCUCACCCACUAUAGUGCAGGAAAUUCUUAAAAUUCAUAUUAGUCAUUGGGAUAAACCGGAUGAGAUCAUUUGGUCUCCUGAGCGGUCGGGUAAGUUUUCUAUGCGUUCGGCUUAUCAAUUGGCUAUGUCCGGGGAUUCUUUUUUGGGGGUUGCUUCUCCUAUUGGUUCUUGGUCUUCUAUUUGGAGUUGCCGGAUACUGUCUAAGGUGUGGAAGUUAUCUCCGUUACGCUUUGAUUUUUCCGAUUUGUCUUUUUCUUCGUUCCGCGUAGGCUGGCGUUUUCCGGUGCAUAAGGCUAUGGUCUCAUCGGAUUUUGCGAAUGUUAUUAGCCUGAUUUCCUUUUGUGUCUGGGGUAUUUGGAAGGCCCGGAAUCGGUUGGUCUUUAAGGGGAUUUUAUGGCGGCCUAAGGUUGUGGUGCAAAAGGCUGUUGUUAGUUUUUGGGAGUUUCAUGAUGCUCGUUCCCUCUGCUCCUCAGUACAACCAUGGCUGGCUAGUAAAUUGGUGGAGUCGUGGAGUCCCCCUCCAUCGGGUGUUGUUAAGUGUAAUUUUGAUGCGGUUUUUUGUCGGCAGUCUUCGCAAGGGGGUGGCGCUGCUGUUUUUCGGGAUUCUCGGGGUGUAGUGCUUCGUGCGGUUAUUUUUCGUCCCUUCUCAGCUGCUUCAGCUUUAGAGGCGAAAGCGUUGGUCUGUCAGCGUGCGAUUCUUUGCGCUAUAGAUUUGCAUUUCUUUUCCUUAUGGUUUGAAUCAUAUGCUAAAGUUGUGGUGGACGGGGUGUUAUGUCAGUUGUCUUGCCCAUCAGAAAUUGCUUCUAUUUGUUUUGAUAUUGCUCGGGACUUGCGACGGUUUUUAUCUGCUCAGUUGACUCAUGUGCGUCGUCAGGGUAAUCGGGUGGUUCAUGCUUUGACUACUCUUUCGCGGUCUGGGGUUGUGUCGGAUAUGUGGUUGUCUUCUGUUCUUCUUUCUGUCAUCCCUUUUGUGGUGGCAGAGGGGGGGUCUUAG